AUGGCUGCUCCACCAAACCUUGAGGAAAGUCAAUCAACUAAUAGACCACAAAGAUUUCAUAAGAUGGUUCGCAAAAAUGGUGGGAUCCCAAAGAAAGGAAGCUCCAGCAGGAAUUCCAAAGGAAAUGAUUGUUGUCAUAAGUGUGGAAAGCCUGGACACUUCAUCAAAGACUGCCCAUUUCUGAAACAAGAGCAUUACAAAUACAACUCUGACAAAGUAGCAAAAAGGAACCUGGUUCCUGACAAACUAUUCAGCCAAAAAAACUCCUCCAGUGAAUCAGAAGAGGAACCAGAUGCAGGAAGCAGCUCCAUGAUGGCAGUACAAAAUGAAGCAAAGGAACUUGAUUCAUUAUUUGCAUUGACGGCUCAGUCCGAUGAGGAUGAAGAGAAUGACAAUGAUGAGGCAACUUUUAGGGAUGUUCAGAGAAAUCUGAAGUCCUACUCUUCGAAAAAAUUGAUGUCAUUAGCAAAUGUUCUAAUUGAUACAUAUUAUAGUUUUGUUAAUGAUAAAGAUGCCCUAAUCAUAGAGCUGGGAGAUGCUGAACAGUCUAGAGAUGAUUUGAUGGUAGUGGUUGAUGACUAG